AUGGGCUUGGAAACUCGGGAUGAAAAGGGGGUUUCUUCUUUGCAUUUCGUUUGUAGGACGUGGAAUGUAUCGAAUCAUCCAAAGGAAGCAUCGGUCAUUGGCGGAUGUGGGAUGUGGGAGGAGAAGCGGGUGCUUGUAUCUGCAGGUGCAGCGCAAGCCGCAAAUGCAAGGGAUGCAGUUCCAAGCGAGUGCAUAUCAAGCGCAAGUGCAACUUUUUCAAGUUCCAUGGGCCAUGGCAUCGUGAGGUACAAGGUUUCCAAGUGCCCGGACCGAGAGAACCGGACUCGAUUUGCAAUUGACCAGUUGACACCAUCUCAAGUUGAGUUCCACUCUUCAGGUGUGCGCUCUGUGAUAGUCGGCCAGUGUGAAGGUAUUGCGCAAGUUAGUGUGAUGAAUACCUCGCUCUCAGAGUCGCAACCCAUCAUGGGAAUGUCGUGGCCUUCCAACAGAGCCAGGAGACGGAGGGAAUCCAGAGCCAGAGUGAAUUGGUUGGAUUGUUGCAAACGCGCUACGCCGAUUUGA